ACAAGGUUAUUCUUUUGUGUUAGUGUGCGUGGUUAUGUACUGUGUGGGAAGUGUAAAAGUGGAUCUUUCCCAUCACCCCAGCAAGAUUUCACAAUGAGACAUGCACCUGGACUUCCAACGCUGUUGUGGCUGAGCUCCGAUACUAAGCAAAUAUUUCAUGGAGCCUGAGCCUUGUCUAUUGUGAGACGAACGAAAAUGCUGAUUUGAGACCGCCGUCGCCUCCUACUUAUAGUAAGCCUUGAGUUCGAUGUUCGUCUGACUCCAAUGUCCAUCUGACCCCAAUGUUCAUCUGAUUCCCAUCAUGGUCAAGAUGAAACAUUCCUAUGGGUCUCGGCGUCGCCCGCGAAGUUUGAGCAUGGAUAGCGUCAAGCUCUUCGCCGGGUCCUGCCUUUUCGUGUUCGUCAUGGGUAACCUCAUCAUGCUUCAAACUUACCACAGUUUUGUGGCACCAAAACCGGAAGGAAUCGCCGGCAAAGGUGGCGUGGACCUGGAUGCUGGCUCCCCCUUCUUCAGAUCUGAGAGAGAUUCUUCUCGACGCGAAAGGAGAGAUAUUUUUCGUGAAUUCGCGGAUGAAUUUUUGCCGAAAAUUGUCAACAUCGGACAGGGGGAUAUUGGGGAGAAUCAGUAUUCUGUUAUAGAAGGACGGGUGCGGAGGCUUAUGCAAGACGGGGGUAAAGACUUAUUUGGAAAAUUGUUACAAAAAUCUAGACUAAAAGAAUCAGAACGGAACUUAGUUUUUAGAAAUUCAGCAUCGAAACUGCCGGUGGAUAUUAAAGAUCUUCCCAGUCAGGGCUACCCUCAUAGGGACCAUCUACUUGACUGUUCGGACAUUGAAAAGAUCCAGAACAUGCGCUACAUAGGCGGGGGCUGGACCAAGGCAGUGUAUCAGGGAGAGUUCCAAGGCCAUGGGGUGGCGGUCAAGACGGUGGAUAUCAAUGGACACGACGUGAACCGGUGCCUGGGAGACGCCCGGAAUAUGUCGUACUGUUACCACAGAGCGGCGCGGAAAAUCAUCAAGGAGAUUGUACUGCUACAAGCUCUGGUAGACGAGAACGUCAUCAAGGUCCUCGGCUUCUGCGUUCCCACCAAGCCUUUUGACGGGGACGUCGACAGCACCGUUGCCAUGGUAACGGAGCUCGGGGAGCCCAUUGAUCAGAUCAAGCUCUUACAGAUGUCCUGGGAGGAUCGGCUCAAGGUGUCCUAUGACAUUGUGAAGCUAAUUGAGUACCUGGCUCGGACCCCGUACGGCUCUCUGGUGCUCAACGACUUCCGCCGCACGCAGUUCGUCCUGGUCAACGGGACUCUCAAACUCUCUGAUGUCGACGACGCUGGGUUCGGGGAGCCGACCUGUACCCGAGAUGCUGACUGUUCCUUCAGGUCUUCCGAUGUGAACACUACGAAACACUUGGGUUGCUCCAAAGGAUUCUGUAAAAACCACAAUGAAUUCCACAAUAUUCUGAAGACAGGACACCAUUUCACCUCCUUCCUUCUGCCUCACGGGGCACCCAAAAUGUUAAGGCCUCUGAUAGACAAAAUCAUUGACAACUUUGAGAAACUUACCGUCAGCUCCAAAGGACUCCUACAAGAAAUGUCCAGAGUGGUUGAGCUCUACAAAGCUGGAGCCUAUUUGGACAGGGGUCCCCAAGGAAGUGAUUACUCAGCACAUUACCUGCAGGACCUGCCUGGCCAGUUUGACUACAGAUGUCGCUUCUCUAUGUCUGGAGGUGCCUGCACGUUGUCUGUCUUUGACCUGAGAGAAGCUCAAGACAUUUGUGAUAUGGAUGAAGAGUGCCAAGGCUUUAUCUGGACAAGGAAGAAAACGUGGACGGGUCGAACUCUGGUUCAUCUAAAGAAUGGAAAAGGCACACCCUCAGCAAAUUCAGAGACAGACUUGUAUGUGAAGCCCUCGUGAACUUCAGAAAAUCACCUUUUUCAGAAAUACGUCACAACCACACGUGUGGUGACACAAACUGGCACUGUGAAUUGCCCUUGUUCCUUUAUCAGUCAGUUCCUUGAUCCUUGAUUGUUUCUGUCGUGGAAUAAAUCUGAUAGCUAUACUGAACACAAAGCGUCUAGCAGAAAAGAUGUGUCAGUAAUAUGGGUUGGAAGACUGCACAACAUAGAUAUUGAUUUAUGUGACGACUCAAAAAGAGAAAAAUGACCUGCAGUGUACGACAGAAUCUUUCAUGACCUGAUAGUGUUGACAGGAGAAUAAGCGUCAAAAUCAAACUGAACUUACCUCAGAUUUUACCUAUGGUAAGCUUGUUUUUACCUAUCCAGAGGUUGUUUUCAUGAUCUUUGUUACACAGAAAGCUAAUGUCGUUAUGAGGUUUUGAAGAAAAAUUGACUAUUUCUAGGCUGUCUGCCUCCGUUUACUGAUGUCUUUUUAAUUUGUUUUACACAAAGAAAAUAAGGCAUCAAUAAAUUACAUAUAAAGGCCUCUAUUGUUGAAACAUUCUUUUGACGGUUGCAAACAUCAUGAACUGAGGGAAUAGACGAUGAAAAUAUGGUUCUUUCAGAAAAUCAGUCACUCUAUGUGUUCCUCGCCGGUGUUGGGAUGAGUGUUAGUUGCCCCAUCCCCCAGCACCUCUCUUGUGUUACAAGGCUAUUUGGCUGCAUUCGUGAACCUCUGCACUAUAUGCUGAGCCGAUGUCUCUUUAUGAGUGCCAUACUGCUUUUUGUUCUGUUGUACGUGCGAGAAGUUGCGUGAAAUUUUAUAUGGAGUCUGUUUGAUUCCAGCAGACUGUUCUAUGAUUGCAGGAUAUUACAUUCUACACGUAAAUACUAAGGAAAGUUAAGGUUUUCACUCAAGAUUUGAAAGUUUAGACUUCAGUUUCAUUUGUUGUUGUUAUUUAAAGAAGACUCUUCAUACCUUCAUUCCUGGGCUCCUGGAGCGGGAUGCACAAUACACCUGGGCUCCCUUGGGUUGUCUGCUAGGUUUAGGUUACUCCAUGCUCAAGUAUACAUUCUGUUCACAGAAGGGUAAAGGUAGCACAUGAGGGUUAAGGGAUUCUACACCUGAAUUAUAUUGCCUCUCGUCAUCUUUUUAUUUUUGAUCAAUUCAAAAAUUAGUUUGCCUUUUUGUCAAAAUAAUUCUUAAUGCUCAUGUGAAAGGUAAAAUGUUUUCAGAAAGUUGUGGGAUAAGCUUGAUGUAGUGACUCACGUACUGACUGUCAAGUCUGUAGAAGGUUCACUAUUUAAAUAAUUUUUUUUGACUUUUGUCUUUGGCACUUUGUGUGACAUGUCACUGUCACCAUGGUGAUGUGUCAUCACUGCACUUUGAUGCUUGAAACAGUGACUAUGAGACAGCAUCAUAUGCAUUCCUGUGAUACUUUUCAUGUAUGUGAAAUGUGCAUAAGUUAUUUCCUCCAAGUACUUCUUGAAAUUCCAUUAUGUCACAGAGCGAAUCAGAAUUGUGGUGGUUGCCACAGUAACUGCCAAAACCAUGUUUUUAAAAUCAAUUAUUUGUUGUUGCUUAGAGGAUGAUGUGUGCGAUAUUAUUGGUAUGGUUUUGUGGAUGAGACUGCUAGUCUUUAUGAAUGAGAAAAGGUUAAAUCUAGGCUGGUGACAGGAUGCUUUGGAAAGAAUGUUUGAAAAGAACUGUCAUUUAUAAAAUGACUGAAUGUUAAAUGUGCUCAUGGAGGAGACAUUCUGUGAUUAGGAACUAAUCAUGCUAUAAUUCAAAAGCUAGUGAAAGACUAUUAUUGAUCUGUUUCUGUGUGAGAUGAUGAAAGAUUAUACUUGAAUGAUAGUCAUGUGGGUAGUGGUGAUGAAUUGGUUGUGAAGAUGAGAGAAAAAUAUGGUUAUUUCAGGUGUCGUCAAAUGCUGAGUGUGUUUCUAUGUCAGCAAUUGUGAAAAUAAAGUCAUUGAAAACAUGGUUAGUCCCAAUAAUUCUCAUGUUGAUGAGCUGUUUCAAGUUCAAUAAACUUUUGUUUGAACCAAUCAA